CUCGGGCGAAAUUGGGAACCAAGAACAGGCAGCAGCUGUCUUUCUUCCCGUCUCUCAAUUUUUCCGAUCAAUAAGAAGAUUUCUACCGUUAAAUUUCUCUUAAACAAGGGAACGAAAAUUUCGAUCUCGUCUUCGCAAUGGCGGCGAUCUACAGCCUCUUUAUCGUAAACAAAUCGGGCGGUCUCAUAUUCUACAAGGAUUAUGGAUCGGCGGGGCGGAUGGAGACGAAUGAUAGCUUGAGGCUGGCGAGUUUAUGGCACUCGAUGCACGCGAUAUCGCAGCAGCUGUCGCCCACCGUGGGAUGUAACGGGAUCGACCUUCUCCAGGCCGACACCUUCGACCUCCACUGCUUCCAAUCUCUCACUGGUACAAAAUUUUUUGUUGUUUGCGAGCCUGGGGCACAACACAUGGAAGGUCUACUAAAAGUCAUCUAUGAAUUGUACACGGAUUAUGUUUUGAAGAACCCUUUCUAUGAAAUGGAGAUGCCUAUCCGUUGCGAACUCUUUGAUCUGAACCUUUCUCAGGCAAUCCAGAAAGACCGUGUUUCACUGUUCGGGCGAUAAAAAAAAAGAAAAGAAAUCCUGACUAUAUAUUUUAGAUGUUAGUUUCCCACACUUUUUUCAAUCGAGUUUUGUUAAUGUGGACGGUUGUAUUGUCAGUCAAUCUUGAAUGAAUCUAAGCUUUCAAGAAAGGUGCUCUCAGAUUUUUGAAAUGCUCAAGGUCUGAAUUCAGGUAAAUUAUUUUUAAUCCCAUUCUAUCCGGCUUAUACUUUUGAACUGAGGCAUGUAUGCUUUCAUAUUUUUCUUUCCACAUAACAUAUGUACACAUGGUAAACUUAUUGUUAGAAUAUUGUGA